AUCGCUCCUUUUGCUCAGAAACCCAUCUCUCCUUCAAGCAAAAACCCAAUUCCACAGUUACAAGAGCGUACCGAUUUGCGUCCACAGAAAUGGCCGGCGGCAACAAAAGCAGCCAGAAACAUAGCAAAAAUGCUUCCAAUAACGAGCAAGUUGACUCCCAGAUAGUCCCAGUUUCAGCUACCUCUGAGAAUCAUAACACCAACAAUGUUCCCAUAGUGUCUUCCUUCAAUGACCGCAUCCGUCCACUUCUCGACGCCGUCGACAAGCUCCGCCACCUCAACGUCGCUGCCAAGGAAGGAAUCCAGCUGCCGACCAUCGUCGUAGUCGGCGAUCAGUCCUCCGGAAAGUCCAGCGUCCUCGAAUCUUUGGCCGGAAUCAGCCUCCCUCGUGGGCAGGGGAUCUGCACCAGAGUCCCCCUCAUCAUGCGCCUCCACCACCAUCCCGCCGCUACGCCGGAGCUCUAUCUAGAGUACACCGCCGACGGGUCCGCUAAGAAAGUCACCACAGAUGAGAGCAGUGUCGCAAAUGCCAUCAAUUCCGCCACGGAGGAGAUUGCUGGCGGCGGCAAAGGGAUUUCCAACAAUCCCCUGACUCUGGUAGUCAGAAAGAAUGGUGUUCCAGAUUUGACGAUGGUGGAUCUCCCUGGAAUCACUCGAGUCCCCGUCCACGGCCAGCCGGAGGACAUCUACGAGCAUGUGACUGCAACAAUAAUGGAGUAUAUCAAUCCCGAGGAGAGCAUUAUACUCAAUGUACUUUCAGCGACUGUAGAUUUCUCGACCUGUGAAUCUAUAAGGAUGUCGCAGAAAGUGGACAAAACAGGGGAUCGGACUCUGGCUGUUGUCACCAAAGUCGACAAGUCGCCGGAAGGAUUGCUGGAGAAGGUGGCCGCCGAUGACGUCGGGAUCGGACUUGGUUAUGUCUGCGUCCGGAAUCGGAUUGGAGAGGAGAAGUACGAAGAAGCAAGAAUUGCGGAGGCUCAGCUGUUCGGGACUCAUCCCCUGCUUUCGAAGAUCGACAAAUCUAUCGUUGGAGUUCCUGUGCUGGCUCAGAGGUUGGUUCAAAUUCAGGCUACAAUCAUCUCCAGGUGCUUGCCUGAGAUAGUUAAGAAAAUCAAUGAGAAGCUGAGCUCCAACAUUGCUGAGCUCAAUAGGAUGCCGAAGACAAUGACUUCAGUGGGAGAGGCAGUGACUACCUUCAUGGGUAUAGUUGGAUCUGCCAAAGAAUCCCUCAGGAAACUAAUCAUCAGAGGGGAAUUCAACGAGUACCCUGACGAUAACCAAAUGCACUGCACGGCCAGGCUGGUUGAAAUGCUGGAGAAAUUCUCAGCACAACUCCGCGACGCACCGGAGAACGACCACAAGAGCAACUUCCUGGUGGACGAAAUCCGGGUGAAAGGGAUUUCAGGAAUCCCCGUUGGAUUCAUUGAGGAAGUAUGGGGCUACAUAGAGAGUGUUGUGCUCUCUGUUGUGAUGAAGCGCUGUGAAGACCACCAGCAGCUCCAGUUCUCCAUCAGGCGAGCUUGUCACAACCUGAUCGAGAAGUUGAGGGACAGGUCCGCGAAUUGGGUGCUGGAAGUCCUGCAGAUGGAAGAGCUCACGGAUUACACUUGUAAUCCUGACUACAUGUCGGAGUGGAACAGACUUAUGGCUGCGAGGCCUGGUUUCCUGAAUUCUGCUCGUUCUCAUUCUAAUGUAUCGAUUGUAGGGUUUGGUACUGUUUCGAUUGUGGAAAGCGUGAGGAACAUCCUGGUUCUGGAGCAGGCUUACGACCUCAAGAUGAGGAUCGCGACGUAUUGGAAGAUAGUGCAGAGGAGGCUGGUGGAUUCGAUGGCGCUGCACGUGCAGCUGAGCUUGAGGAACUUGGUGGAGAAGGAGCUGGAGAAGGGGAUCGUGGAGGAGCUGAUGGGGAGGCAUGGCGGGGCGAUAGAGAAGAUGCUGGAGGAGUCGCCAUUCGUCGCUGCGAAGAAGGAGAAGCUGAGUGGGAGCAUCAAGCUGCUGAGGGAGUCCAAGGAUGUGCUUGCAGCUAUAAUAGAUAGGAUUGCUUCCAGUUCUCAUUAAUGGAUUCGAUUUGGCUGGUUUGGUCUUUUUUUUUCUUUGCAGGGUUUGGGGACUUCCUUCAUGGGUCCUAGUAACAGUGGCUUUUGAGUUUGUUCUUGUUUCUUCUUUCGUUUUGUUUGUCAGCAGUCUAUGGCUCAGGCCUUUUGUUAUUUUGUUUUCAACUUUGAUCUGAAGUGCUGUGUUAUCGUUUCCUUUUAUAUUGCCAGUAUGAUCUAGUUUCUGUUUUAAGUAUUCAUAUGGCGAUCAGAAAUCAUAGCAGAGUACUGUCCUCGCCACAAUUUGACUAUAUAGCAGCUGGGCUUAAUUGCAAGUUUGGUCACUCGAAUUGCUACAAAAUUUCACGUUUGCCACUCAAAUUAAUUUAUUCCAUUUAU